AUGGCUUCGGUUACUGCAGCUGCUGGUGGACAAAAACAUAUCUUUGACCUUUCAUUUACUGGUUGGCAUGUUCUUGGCGAUACCAAGUUUACCUCUUCCGAUGACAAUCGAUGUAUUUGGUUGACCUCCUUGCAUGAGCUGAGAGACGCAAACAUGGGACGAAAUCGCAAUCAAGCUGCCACGGUCCGAAACUUUGUACUGCAAGGCGCGUACGAAGCUAAGGCUUCUAGGUUGGGCGAAGAGUUAAUCAAAGCUAGACUUGAGGGAAGAUUUUCCGAGGCUGAGCGCGAAAGUGAUAAGUGGAGUCUACGAUCCAUGAAGCCAGCUGGAGUUUGCCUUUACACUGCGGUUUUCGCCGAGGGUGUAGAUAAUUUGAUUCAAGGUCGUAGAGAACCCGCUCCUGUUCGUCUAGUGGUCGAUCAUGAGAAAGGUACAAAGGGUGCUCCUGUCGGUCAUUACGGUGUUGAUAUCGUGGCAAAUGUUACAACGCUCGCAGGAGGUGAGAAGUAUAGACUUGAGAUAGAUGGACUUAAUGAUAGGGUAUAUGUGGAUGAGGUACUUCCGGAGUACUUCAUGAUGACAUUUGCUAAGAGAGUAACUGAUCUACUUCGACUUCAACAUCAAAUCAGUAACCCAUCUUUAUCUGCGCCCUUUACGUCCUUCUACACCAAAAUCCUUAAGUCUAUCGAUGUUUUGUGCGAGGGUGAUAAAUCGAAAUCAUAUCGACCACAUUCUCCUGUCAAAAUGCUCUCUAGUUUACUUAAUAGUGGUUUUGGAAGUUCUGCAUCACCUUCACCUACGAAUGUUAAUGGAUUCGCAUCUCCUAAUAAAAUCUCACGACCUAUCAUGAUGGGUAAAAUUCCGUCAUUAGAAUCACCACAAAUUGUUCGAACCAGUAGUAAUAGAUCUUUACACUCCAUACAAGAUUUGGAUGGCAAAGGUGGCGUUCGAGCUACAUUUGAAGACAGUAGACCCAUUAAUCCACUUGUUCGACUGGAAGAAACAUUUACUGGUUACAUUGCAGCUCUACAAUCAAGAAAAGGAAAUGUGGUUGGAAAGAACUUACGAACUAGAGGAGCUACUGACGAAUUGGCUGUUAAUGCUCUAUAUAAUACUUUUAUUGAAAACCCUUUCGAUACUCGAGCAGCUUCGGAGACUUCUUUUGAUGUCAUAUUUGUGGCUUUUGAGAAGUUCUUACGAUUGGCAUGGAAGGAACAGAUGGGGUCCGUCAUGUCACUUGAAUCUCUUGACGCUUUGCAAGAAAGAUCUAUUAACCUUUACCCUGGAGACUUCAAUGAAUAUGUGAGGUUGAUAUUCGGAGAGAUGGCACCACAAAAUAGGAGAGCAUUUAUCGCAAUCAUCAAAUUAUUGGCAGAUCUUCUCGAUGGAUGUGGAAAUGAUGGUGAUCGUGGUUCUCUCACGGUUGCUUUUGCUGAAUUAUUAGUUGUUGAUGGCGAACCACAUAACUACAUUAAUCUAUUGGAUCGUGUUGUCGAAGAUUCCGAUAGACUAUUUGAUGAUCUUGGACCCAGAGCUGGCAUUGGAAGUGGAGGUGGAGGUGGAGGUGGGGGUGGUUCUCGUGAUAGACCUACAGUUAUGGGUGCAUUUGACGAUAGACCUGGUAGUUCCGAUUCAAUUGCACCUAAAUCAAGGCUUAGUACUAUUGGUGCAUCACCACCACCUGAAGACCAGGAUGAUAAUGGUACCACUAGAUCAUCUAAGAAGAAACGUCGAAGCUCUUUAUCUGAUCUUAAGAGUUUGAUGGCUCAAGCAGCAGUUGGGCCAAUGACUCCAUCUCCUGAACAACAACCUGCUACGACAACGCCACCAAAUAAGUUGAAUUCUCCACCAAGAACUCCAUCUCCUAUCAAGGUUCCAGCAUCACCGAUGAAAAUUGCGAAGCUUCCAGUAAAUGGUUCGAUUAUGGAUAGAGACCGAUCUCUUAUGUAUCGGAAUUCACCCGCUCUCAAGGAAAACACACCUAUUACCUCUCCUGAUCGAAGCGUCGGUAACUUAACCGAACGUGCCCAAAACAUCAUGUCCUCCUUAGACUCUACACCAGUCGCAUCUCCAAUUAAAGAACAAUGGCGAGCCGGUCACAAUAAAACCGUGUCUCUCUCUUCUAAUAUCCCUACCCUUCGUGGAACUCCCCGUGAUCCUUCUCGUCCAAUAAACUCAUCCGCAAACAACUUGAACGGAAUUAAAUCUCCUCAACGUCUCCGACUACAAAGUCCUCAAAAGCUUCGUGAACGUCUCCAAAAUGAAGCCAAAGCCAUCAAUGAAGCAGAAGCUUCACUUCAAAAUGAAUUAUCAAAGAUUGGUGAAGAAAUGGCAAAAUUAAAUGCUGUUUCUGCUAUUCCUCGAACUUCUGAUAUUGCGAGACUUUCAGAGGCGGUUUUACUUCUUGAAACAAAAAUUCCCAAUGUUGUUAAGGAAUUAAAUGAGAGGAAUGAUGCUGUGAAGAAGGAAUUGGAAACGAGUUUGCAGGCUAGUGAGUUUAAGGUUAGGGCAUUGGAUCAGCUUUAUAAGGAGAGUAGCGCCGAGAAUGAAUUGUUAUAUGAAAAGUUUAAUGCGGAGUUGGGAAAGAUUGUUAAGGCGUUGAGGACAAGUAAAAAGACGGUAAAUGGAGCAGGUGGAGAGGAUGGGAAUGGGGUUAAUGGGGCUAUGAGCGCGAAAGAAGAAUUAGUUACAAGGAUGAGGGAGAGUAGUGAGGAAGCUGCUAGGGUUAAGAAGGAAAAUGCUAGGUUAAGGAGGGAAGUGUUGACGUUGAGGACUUUGUUGAAGGGGCAAGAGGCUGUUGGACCACAGUAG